AUGUCCAGCGAAAAAACACCUUUGGUCUUCUGUGAGCUUUGUGUUCGUCAGAUUUCAGGAGACGCAGAGAACGUAACAACAUGUUCGGAAUCUUUCGAAUGCCAACUUUGCUUUGGAAUCAUGGAUCAAUCAAUGAUUGACGAGGUUGGAGAAAAGGUUCAAGAGGAGCUUCAAAAACUUCCAUACGACUCAAACAGCUUCAUUUUAGCUUUGAAUCUUCCCGUUGGUCAAACGUUAAGGGAGAUUCUAGUCAAUCGACUCCGGCCGGAUUUCAAUGGAACCCUCGUCCAAGUUCCACAUAAAGUACGAAAUAUUGAUGGAUAUCUGAAGAAACUAGGCUCUUAUUCUGGAAAACGUCCAACACUAAGUUCGGAUUUACAAUUGAUGAUAACUUUCGAGCAAGACGAAUCAGAUUUUACGGAUUUGCAAUUCCUUCAAAGCGCAUUCCCGAACGAUUUUCGUGUUGGAAAACGGAACAGAUACAGCCACCAAGAAGCCCCAACGAGUUGCUCAAAACAACAGUUACAACAGGUCACUGGUAGAAUCAACGAACAGAUCGCACGAAAGUACGUCUUCAAAUCUCCCACUCGAAAGUGUACGUUCAGUCUUCAAUUCGAGCGAGAUCCAGUUUUCGUUGCCGGAAGAUAUUGCAAGUAUUCUAGAUGUCUUCCACAAUCGCCGUGGAGUGAAGAUAAGGAUGCACCAAGAGAACCAGGAAACUCGGUGUCUGAAAAAGUAUGUGACGUUCUGAAGAAACAAUUCGGUGCCAGUGACAGCAGAUUCGUCACUUCUGGCCGUGAGGAUAUUGAUGUACGGAUGCUCGGAAAUGGAAGACCGUUUGUCGUUGAGUUGAGAAACUGUAGAAUCACUCUGCCCGUUAGAGGAUUGAACUAUCUGGAAACAUUAAAAUCCGUGGAAGAGACUAUCAAUGCCCAAAAAGAUAUCAAAAUCAACUCGCUGACGAGAGUACCUCGAGAACUUGCAGAAAAAUUGUGUGUUGGUGAAGAAGACAAAAGAAAACAAUACUGUGCCUAUUGCUACAGUAUCCUGCCAAUUUCCGAUGAGCAAUUCGCCGCCGCUCGAUCCAAAAUUCCAUUAACCAUCGUUCAAAAAACGCCAGUUCGUGUAAUGAAACGGCGAGCUUUGUUGGACAGAGAACGAACGAUUUUCUCGAUGGACUUUUUGAAAUUAGACGAUCAUCAUUUUGAAGUUCGACUUGAGACUCAAGCAGGAACCUAUAUCAAGGAGUUUGUUCAUGGAGAUUUUGGCAGAACUCGUCCUUCUCUAGCGGAAUUGUUGCAUGUGGAGAAUGGCGAAGUCGAUAUUCUGGAGUUGGACGUGGAGAAAGUGGAUCUGGAGUGGCCACCGAAGCUAAAAGAAGGACAACCACCUGUUAAAUUCCGUUGA